AUGUUUGUUGCCGUACAGAUAAUGAUGACAGCGAUACUUCUUAUUGAUCCCGUGUUAUUGUAUAUCAAGGUGACUACUGAUUAUGAUUUAUAUGGAAUCAAGGUUGCUUUAAAUGAUCGUAUAAUGGUUUCAGCCGACAACCUUUAUUUAGUUUGGUACAUUAUUCCGAUUUCAGCAAAUAGUUCAUUUACAUGUUUCACGUAUUACAAUGAGACAACAUGUGACUUUGUCUAUAGUACUGUUGUUCCAGUGGUUGAUAGUACAUUAUUUGUCUACAAUUGUAUUGAUCAUCAAGGAAACAAUAUCAUCGGCUUCUUCGCUAGUAAUACUACGUGCGAUUUUUUGCUAAUAAAUGAACAAAUUAUAUCGAACUAUUCAACACAAGACAAUUUUAUCAUUACUAUAGACGGAAACGGCACAGGUGUUUAUGGCUUUGCUGACGAUUUUAUAUUUUUUUAUGAAUUACAGCCACCAUUUAAAUUGACUGUAUGGUCAAAUAUUUUCAAUAUUUCACCUCGAGCGAUCGACAUUGGUUCAAAUAUGCAAUAUGGUGUUUUGGUUGGUUACUGUCAAUCGACACCAUCGACUGCAAUCGAAUAUGGUUCUAUAUUGGCCUUGAAUAGCUCUUUGUCGAUUCCAGGCCGUGUGAGGGAUAUUUCGAUCAGAAGUGACUUGAACUUUAACUGGUCCGAUCUACGUAUAAAUUUUCGUGUCGCACAGAGUCGAGCUUAUUCGGCCGACACAACGAUGUCAGUGAGCAUUGCUUGGCGUACUCGACAAAUACUGAUCGGAAUUCAUUCUCUCAAUAUUGUUCUAUUGUACGCAUUCGACAAUGUAUCUCAAUCGAUAAGCACUCGUCAAAAUGAAAUCGGAUUUAGUGGAUUUGGAAAGAGUGUCGCAUGGUUAGAUAAUCAAGGUCAAAAGGCGGUCAUUCUUGCCAAUAGGUAUGUGUAUUUAACGAAACA